ACUCCUUUUUUCUUUCAUGAAAUGUUUGCUUUACGUACUUCCGGCAAAAAAUGUGAAUAUUUGAUUAAAAUUUAUAAGUUAUGCUGUGUUACUAAUAUAAAAUGAUUUAAACGUAACUUAAGAGUAAUACUUUUUUCUCAGCUGGACACAAAUACAAUAAUUGCGCUAAAGAGACAAAACUGGCAGAAGAACUUUAUGCUCUACUUCCUCAGCCCGCAAGCCUGCAUACAGAUGAGUCGAUGCGAGUCAUGGAAGUUGGAAGAUUCUAGACCGGUGGUGCUCCGGCACAGGCGGUGCGGCGGGCGCCAUGCUUCCGCGGCGGCUGGGCUCCUCGGAGCCGGCCAGCCCCAGAAAGCGGCUGCGUCACAGCGCCGACCGACCGGCCAGUCGCUCCAGCUCUGCCGAGGACUGUAGUCGCACGACUGAGACGGCGGCGGUACGACGGGAGAACGGCUGCGCUGCGGACACCAUGCACGACACGGUCGGUGAGAUUCUGCACAGCGGGGACGGUGAGCGGCUGGCUCUGGGCGCCGAUGGCGAUCGGACGCUGCAUGGUGUCGAUGGCGAUCAGCUCAUCUGCGGCGCGGCCGGCGAGCCGGCGGCUGCACUCUGCGCGACUGUGGGCGCCGCUGGUGGUGGUGAGAACGGAACCGUUGAGCCGCGCGUGAACGGUGUGCUCAACGGCAACGGCAAGCACCCGCACUGGCCGACCGAGCACCUGCCGUCGAUGCCCUGGUUCGGCAUGGACAUCGGCGGCACGCUCACCAAGAUCGUCUACUUUGAGCCGACCGACACGUCACCAGACGAGGAGGCCGAGGAAGUGGAGACGCUAAAAAACAUCCGCCGCUACCUGACCAGCAACUCGGCCUACGGCUCGACCGGCCACCGCGACUCGCACCUGCAGAUGAACAACGUGCAGAUCUGCGGUCGCCAGGGCACGCUGCACUACAUCCGCUUCCCCACCUGCGAGAUGGGCAACUUCCUCGAGCUGGCCAAGUCGAAGGGCAUGGCCACGCUCGCUUCCACCAUCUGUGCGACCGGUGGAGGCGCCUACAAGUUUGAGGAAGAGUUCCAGCGUGAAGUCAACAUGCAGCUGCACAAGUUUGACGAGCUUGACUCCCUGUUGAACGGCCUACACUACAUCGAGAACAACAACAGCCACGAGCUCUACUACUGGGAGGAGCCGUGCGACGACCGGCUCUGCAGGAAGGUACCGUUCGACUUCAGCCAGCCGUACCCGUACCUAGUGGUGAACAUUGGCUCCGGGGUGAGCAUCCUGGCCGUGUACGGACCGGACGAGUACAAGCGCGUCUCGGGCACCAGUCUGGGCGGCGGCACCUUCCUCGGCCUCUGCUGCCUGCUCACCGGCUGCUCCACGUUCGAAGAGGCCAUCGAGCUGGCGGCGCGCGGCGACCACACGCGCGUCGACAAGCUCGUGCGAGACAUCUACGGCGGCGACUACGGCCGGUUCGGCCUCAGCGGCGACACGGUCGCCUCCAGCUUCGGGCACAUGCACGUGCUGCAGCGCCGGAAGGCGGUCAACCGGUGUGACCUGGCACGCGCCACGCUGGCCACAAUCACCAACAACAUCGGCUCCAUCGCGCGUCUGUGCGCGGUCAACGAGCAGAUCGAGAGGGUCAUCUUCAUGGGUAACUUCCUGCGCGUCAACGAGAUAUCUAUGAAGCUGCUCUCGUUCGCCAUGAACUUCUGGUCGUCUGGCCAGAUGAAGGCGCUCUUCCUGGAACACGAGGGGUACUUCGGGGCGGUGGGCUGCCUGCUGGAGCUCAUGAAGACGCGCCAGGAGUGACCGGGCGGGCGAGAUGGGGGUUCGGGCGGCGUCGGAGCCCGAGCGGGGACCGGUCCGCCGACCCGCCGGUCCGCCCCGCGGCGGCGGAGGCGGGAGGGACGGGACGGCCUCCGCCCGGGCUAUCUCGUGCCUGCAUAUCAGGGCGGUGAUGUGACCAUUUACUCGGCGUCGGACGAGGUCGGGUCUGCUACGCAGUGCUUCGUGAAAAACAGGGCUCUGUCCACUGCUGACUCAGGAAUCCAGUCAGAUCGAGAGUUUUUACCACGGUGAAUGGGACGAAUGACUGCCAAGUCAGCGGCAAACAGACCUUGGCGGCACGGCCUUCAUGUCAAUUUCGGAAAAGAGCGGCACAUCGCUUGUGUAAACGUGUUAAUUUGCUGUGACAUUUCGACAAAUGAAGCCGCAUACGCUACGCUACAAGCCCAGCAUCCUAUUACUCCAGAAACGUGUCAACCAAUCCCAUCAGUGUUGCGUAUUUAUAAUGAAUAAUUUCAGCUAUACAUAUAAGUUAAACUGUGUUACAGUGUCAGUGGGUUGGUUUUCAUAAGGCAGUCUUGCAUACAUAUAGAUUUGUACAAUGGAAGCCAUUGGCUGUAACAGCGACACUAUGGCGACCUUGCUUUGUGAGAAAGUGACAACACCAUUAGUUACCUUCCUUGCCAGAUUGCGCCGAGGCCUGACGGUGUUUUGUCGGCAAUCAGUGAUGGUGAUGGGCACCAAUAUCGGAUAUAAUCGAUCGCGACGCACCGGGGAGUAUCCGUUAACGCCGUGAGGCUAUUUGCUCAUUUCUCGUGUGUGACUUCCGUGGUUGCUCUGGUCCGUAAUUUGCGACGAUAUGCCCUGAACACGAAUCUGGUUCACGGCGUCUUUGUAGUGAGAGGUGCAAUAUUUCUAUGCCGUUUUAUCGCGCAACGCAGGUCAUUUUUAGAUAUUUGCAGUAUUUUUGCGGCGUGUGCGUGCGCUAAUAGCGGCGGUACAUUGUUGGCGCAUUUGGUUAUCCAGUCGCGUGGCACGGUGAUGGUAUGGGGAUUUGUAGGAAAAUAUUGCAUCUCCGUAUGUAUAUUGUAGUAACCUUGAGCAGGUGCUAGGAUGUGCGUGUCGAUGAAUGUGGGAGCGCGGACGCUCAUAGGCCCACUCGCCUGAUAUGUCGUGUUCGUAGCACAGGCAUUUCUUUCAAAUCGGCAACGGGCACAGCGGAGGAGAGUGCAUUUUGUUCGUACCAAGGGUGCGUAGGGAUACUCAUCAAUCAAAUAUCCUCUUGCAUCAAUGCAUCAAUCAAAUAUCCGGCAUUAUAAUUUAUUUCAAUCGUGCGAACAGUGUGUACAAGUAUUACGGUUGAAUUGUACCACGCAGGGAUAUUCGAGUACCUACGUUUUGUGGCGAUACCACUGUUCGUUUCAUAUGACGGCAUUACUCUGUUGAUUUAACCGUUAUUUAUGCGUUGCGGGACCAUCGGGUGCAUAUGUCAUCGGAAUACAACGUAGGACACUCA